UUAAGUAAAGUUGGUGCCUCAUGCCAAAUUCAAUUUUUGUCUCAGAAACAUCACCAUUCAUCACCGCCAAUCACCUGAAAAAAAGAAAAGCUUUCUCAGGGAGAUGCUGUGAAGGUGGUGGAAGCUUAAUAAUACAGAGUUUGAAGUGUUUGGUGGUGUGAAGAUACCGCAUGAUCCACUUGGAUCACAUCAACCUCAAGAACUCAACAACCCCUCUGCAACUUUUCAUUCAACUUCCACUUUUGAAACAGAGAUGGUGAAGACUGUGAGGGAAUUGGAAGUGGAAGACUUGCUGAAUGCAGGGUUGACAGUAGCAGAAGCCAAUCAACUAAACCGUCUUUUGAGGGAUAUUCUGUCUCAGUGUCUCUCCGACACCGACAACGACAACCAACCCUCACUCAUAUGGCGCCACAUUGUGACUCGAAAACUGCUGAAACCAUCCUUUCCACACUCAUUGCAUCAUCUUCUCUAUCACUCUGUUUAUCACUCUGCCUUCCACACUCAACAUGCUUCCCUCCCACUCUAUUGGUUUCCUUCCCUGGACAACUCCAAACGCACCAACCUUGGCCGUUUCAUGGAAACUCACGCCCCUCAACUUUUAGGACCUACCUACAAAGACCCUAUUUCCAGUUAUCGCCUCUUUCACAACUUUUCUGUUCAACACCCUCAGCUCUACUGGUCCCUUCUUCUCAAGGAGCUUUCUCUCUACUUUGUUGAACCUCCCAAAUAUAUUUUAGAUACUUCUGACCCUUCUAGACAUGGAGGCACCUGGCUUCCCGGUUCUGUCCUCAACAUUGCUGAUUGCUGCCUGCAACCCAGUUCUCAUCCCUACAAACCAGAUGACAGUUUAGCCAUCGUUUGGAGAGAUGAAGCUUUUCAAGAUUCCAAGGUUAACCGUAUCACGCUUAAACAGCUCCGACAACAAGUAAUGUUGGUAGCGAAUGCAAUAGAUGCCUCAUUCUCGAAAGGAGAUGCAAUCGCCAUUGACAUGCAAAUGACAGUCAAUGCCGUGAUUAUAUAUCUGGCCAUUGUUUUAGCAGGAUGUGUUGUAGUAUCAAUAGCUGAUAGUUUUGCACCAAAAGAAAUUGCAACUCGCCUGCGUGUUUCUAAAGCUAAGGGUAUUUUCACUCAGGAUUUCAUAUCAAGAGGUGGCAGGAAGUUCCCUUUGUACAGUCGAGUCAUUGAGGCAGCUGCGUGUAAAGUUAUCGUGCUUCCUGUGAUAGGUGAUGAUCUAGGUGUGCAAUUAAGAGAAUGCGAUGUAUCAUGGAAGGAUUUUCUUUCUUCUAGCAGACAGCAUCCCAGGUCACAUCACUACUCUCCAUUCAAUCAAUCAAUUGAUGCUGUCACUAACAUACUUUUUUCAUCUGGAACCACGGGGGAGCCGAAAGCAAUUCCUUGGACUCAACUUUCACCCAUAAGAAGUGCUGCAGAUGGAUGGGCUUUUAUUGAUAUUCAACCUGGAGAUGUCUAUUGCUGGCCUACAAAUUUAGGAUGGGUGAUGGGCCCAACUCUUAUAUAUUCAUGUUUUCUAUCAGGUGCAACUCUUGCUCUGUACCAUGGAUCUCCUCUAGACCAUGGUUUUGGAAAGUUCGUUCAGGAUGCAGGUGUUACUAUUUUGGGAACGGUUCCAAGCUUGGUAAAGACAUGGAAGAAUACACAAUGCAUGGAGGGCUUGGAUUGGACAAAGAUAAAAACAUUUUGUUCAACUGGAGAAACUUCAAAUGUUGAUGAUGACCUCUGGCUUUCUUCGAGGUCUUAUUACAAACCAAUCAUUGAAUGUUGUGGAGGCACUGAGCUUGCAUCUUCUUACAUCAUGGGAAGUACACUGCAGCCCCAAGCUUUUGGAACAUUUAGUACAGCAUCAAUGACAACUGGUUUGGUUAUCCUUGACGAAAAUGGAGUUCCUUAUCCAGAGGACGUUGCUUGUGUUGGUGAAGUGGGCUUGUUUCCCAUAUAUAUGGGAGCAACUGAUAGAUUGCUUAAUGCUGAUAAUGAUGAGGUUUACUUCAAGGGAAUGCCAAUGUACAAAGGAAAGGUUCUUAGGAGACAUGGAGAUAUAAUCAAAAGAACUGCCGGAGGCUAUUUAGUAGUACAAGGGAGGGCUGAUGACACAAUGAAUCUUGGUGGAAUAAAGACAAGUUCUGUGGAAAUUGAGCGUGUCUGUGAUGGGGCUGAUGAAUGCAUUUUGGAGACAGCUGCAAUCAGUGUUGCACCUGCACAUGGAGGUCCAGAACAGCUGAUUAUAUUUGUAGUUUUAAAGAAAGGAUACAAUUCAGAUGCAGAAACUCUAAAAAGGAAAUUCGCUAAAGCCAUUCAAAGCAACCUUAAUCCCUUGUUUAAGGUGAGCCUUGUUAAAAUUGUUCCGGACUUUCCUCGAACAGCUUCCAACAAAUUGCUAAGGAGAGUUUUGAGAGAUCAGGCGAAACGCGAGCUUUCAAUUCAGAGCAGACUUUAGUGACAUUCUUAAUUUGCAAAAGAACAAG